AUAGAGCUCUGCCGAGUUUGACCUGUCGCUGUUAAGGCUUAGAUGAGGCCAGUUGUGUCGACAGGCAGUGACAGAUAAGGAGUGCGGGCUCCACCUGCCUUUUAGUUUUAACUUUGACGUCGAAAAAGGCUGUCAAAGUGGUUGCCAAGACACAGUGUCAAAUCCCACAUUCUGUAGCAAUGACUAUUAAGCAGUGAGAACUUUUCCUAGGUCGAGUUUAGUGCGUUCAGUGGCCACAAAACUGUUGGUCGAGGAAUUUUUCCCAGAAGCGGUUCGAAAAAUCUGUCGGCAUGUCCUGAUGAACGGGAUAUUGAGAUUUGUUUCCUCUGAGUAACCUUCGGAGACAGAAAACUUACACCAAACUAUCAGUGAUGUCUAAUAGGAAAGAAAGAAGACACUUAACAAAUGCAACGAAAGUCGUUACAUGAAUGUCGUAACGAUGCAAAAUGGUGACUUGAAGAUUCUAGAAGUUUUGUACAUAAUGGAACUUUUGACUUUCGCUCAAUGUCCAGUCACAAAUAUUUUGCUUUAAACAAAAGAAUUCAAGAUGAACAGGGAGUGGGCGUCGUCAGUUGCAUUCUCUUCGUGGUUCUUCAGGACAAUAUGCCUAUUUUGGAUACUCGCAGCGCUACCUCCAAUACAAGAUCAGUCUGCGAAUUUGCUUGGUCCUGGUGCGAGGCGUCUCUACAUUGGAGUUCACGGUCUUGACAGAGACACAUCUGGUGCUAGCAUUCAGGAAAACCGAGCGCUGGGGGAAAGCGAAAGCUUCAGUUCUUCAGAUGACGAUGAAAGGUUUGGGCAUCAGAACCUUCCUGAAGGAGAAGAAGAGCCUGGGAAGGGUGUUGCUCUUCAAAAUGCCACAAAGAAUAAUACAAGCAAUAACCUGAUUUUGAGAGACGUUAUCAAGAACCAAACAAUUCUUAACUCAAAUGGUGCUGUAGAAAAUAGCUUAGAAGACUUAGAUAAAAGUGACGGAUGUGAAACGGUGCUUGAGAACACAGAGAGAAUGAUAAUAAGUAUUGUGAAGAGAGACACCAUGAGACUAAACGGUGAAGGGAAAAAGUUAAGCCAAAGACAGUCAUAUUCUGAAACGGUCUUUCAGGAUUCACUAACCACUAGAAGGAUUAGGCAUAGCAGGCACAAGGAAGCACAACUAGAAAAGUACCUCUUAAAUCAAAACAAAGAGUUUACCGGUACACCGAAAUCUCCUUCCUCUGAGGUUGCUGAUGAUGAAGGUGACAUUGAUAACUCAUUGCAAAACGGAACCCCAUACGAAAUGGCCCCCUGGCAAGGGUAUGAAAAUCUUGAUGGUGAAUUCAGCAAUGCAUUUGUUUCACUUACUAAUAGGAGGGCAAGACACAACCAUGAUAAGCGUACAAGGAAAACUCAUUCAUGGGACCAGGUGCAUAAGCACUUAGAGAGAGAGGAAGUGGUUUAUAAAACAAACUAUGAAAAGCCUCCCUCAACCGGGACUCCAACAUUUGUUAAAAGCGCCCCUUCCAAACAGCCCAAGAUGAGUAAGCCUUAUUCAUAUGCAGGCAGAAGCCACGUUCAUCCUGAGAGAAGAGAAAUGAACUUCAAAGGUUACCACAGAAAAAUCGAGAUUGAACAAGAAGUAUUCAGAGAUUUACAGGAAUUUCAGUCAGAUUCAAAUGACAUACCAAAUGAUUUGUCUACAUUACUAAAUACAGAAAUUUCCAACACCAUUGAAGACUCGACAGUUAUAAAAGGAGUCUCUGCUCAGGACCCAGACAGAAAUCAGGCAGCUAUGAUGACCACUGUAUUCUCGAGCACCACAACUCCCGCUCCUCUGAGUAUUCCCACAACGGCGCGAAAGAGAGUCUACAAUUAUCCCAAAAAGCCCAAAAAGGUUCUCCCUACAGUUAAGCCAUAUCCUUUAUAUGAAUACGAGGGCGAACUGCCACCUACAGCAACAACGAAUAACGUGACUGUAACAUCCCCACCAUCUCAAGACAAAAGUUUCCCAACCAUGGCUUCUAACACACAAGGAAAUGUAACAGAUGCCGAGUCCUUUGGAAAUGUAACGACAACAGCCGAGACUUUAGGUGAUGUAAAAGAAAAAGUGCGUGAAAACCCGGAUGUCCUUGACCCAGCAUUUAUUCCACCUAAGCUCCCAUUUGGUCCAUUCAUUCCAAACCCGAAAGAAUGGGAACCCGAAGAGAAGAAAGACAUCUACCAGAAUCGGGUGUAUAUCCCCAGCUUCAAGCCCACAUAUGUUCCGUUUGAGGAAACAGGAGUGAGAAAGAAACCCAGCGAUUUCUUAAUGAAUGUGUUAUCUCCACUUUUCGGAACUGGGAAAAAGACCAUAAAAGCAGAUGAUAAGGAAUUGCUGAAAUUUGAUAAUGAACGGAGUUACAAUGAAGAAAUGUUUAACCGCGUCAGUGGCUCAUAUAUGCCUAGCUUAACAACAAAAAGUCCGGAAGCGCCUCUGGAAGGAUACCCGUACAUUCCGGGCGUCCGUCAGGACAAGAACAGAAUUUUCACGAGCAGUAAGCUUCAUGGGGGAUUUGCGUAUAUUGAUAGAAAUUAUAACCGCUUAGAAUCUUAUCAGCUGAAGCUCCAAGGAACUGAAAAGUCCCCAAGGGAUCAAAAUCUCGUGAUAUUUGGUCACGUCGCAAAUAACACUUUAAUGGAUACACUACGAAACUGCACACUUCAUGUCACUCUGAAUCUCACAGAUCAUUACAACAUACAUGACUUGAUCACAGAGUCUAAUAACCCCUUGCGUCAGCUCAUCGUUUACAUGAAUCUCAUCAGCGUCAGCUACGAGGGUUACCACUUAGUGCUUGAGAGAGCGAAACGCAUAUUGGAUUAUUUAGCAAUCAAUCGUGGGGGCCUGACUGUUUUCAGCGUCAUCCCAACAGUAGCUGAUUCAAUAAACAUGACAAGAAGCCAAGAAGUAAAAAAUCAGCUGAUCAAUUUGAAUGAUGAUGUUUUAGAUUACUGCGCCCAGGCUUUUCCCGUCUGCUACGGCAGCACGAGCCUAACGGACGUUUUAGAUAACUUGAAGCAAACUUACAAGAAAAGCAACCAAUUUGACGUGUAUAACUCCCGCGGUAGUGGACGGAAAGGUGCUUGUGACUCGAAUGAGGUCUGUGGAACCGACACCCCUCCGGUUCCUGAAGAUAUCCAACUUCCGCCCAGCGACCAAGAGCAGUUGCGGGACCUUACCGGCGCAGUUUGUAACUCGACUUACCAUAUGAUGGUGGAACUCUUGGUCAAUUUACCUACUUAUGACUAUGAAGAUUAUGCCAGAGCAGUGGCCAAUGUUAAAAAGGAGAGCAUAAGAGUACGGGCGCAGACGGGUCUAGUCCUUCAUGACAUUCUGCCCCGAGAUCUGAAACAGUACGACAAGAAUCGGCCGCCGAAGUACGAGGGGCACGCGACGAUCGUCUAUUUCCACGUCACAGUUCUGUCGGUGGAUUCCAUCAACGAAGAGUCGAUGACCUACGUGGCAGAUAUCUUCUUAGCUCAGAGUUGGCGCGACCAUCGCCUUCGACUUCCAGAGAACAUGACGGAGGAAUACCGCAUCUUAGACGUCGAGUGGCUGCACAACAUCUGGCGACCUGAUUGCUUCUUCAAGAACGCCAAGAGGGUCACCUUCCACGAGAUGUCCGUGCCCAACCACUACCUCUGGCUCUACCAUGACAAGACUCUCCUUUACAUGGCUAAGCUGACGCUGGUUUUGUCAUGCGCAAUGAAGUUCGAAGCAUAUCCACACGACACCCAGAUAUGCUCCAUGAUGAUCGAAAGCUUGUCUCACACAACUCAUGACCUGGUUUUCAAAUGGAACGAGACGGAUCCACUGGUUGUUAAUCCCGAUAUCGAGUUGCCUCAGCUGGACAUUUCCCGCAACAACACAGAAGAUUGCACUCUCACUUACUCAACGGGUAACUUCACCUGCCUUGCAGUGGUGUUCAACCUACGACGUCGCUUGGGCUAUCAUCUCUUCCAUACUUACGUUCCUUCUGCCAUCACAGUCGUCAUGUCUUGGAUUUCCUUCUGGAUUAAACCCGAAGCUAUUCCUGCCAGGGUCACCCUUGGUGUCACCUCCUUACUAACUCUAGCCACUCAAAACCAGCAGUCCCAAUCGUCUCUUCCGCCGGUGUCGUACAUCAAAGCCAUUGACGUCUGGAUGUCUUCGUGUACGGUGUUCGUGUUCGCUUCCUUACUGCAGUUCGGUAUCGUCAACUACUUCAUGGAGGCGGAACCCCUCUCCAAGGACAUGACGGGAUACUCCGUGGAGGAUCUCACGGACCUGGACGAGAAAAAGUCGGAGGACGGACGUCUCAACGGGUACUCCAGAAGCAGGAGUAGAAGUCGCAUGAGGUCGAGGAGUCCGGGAGUGCCCCAAUAUGUCGUCCAUCGGUGUACGGGCAAAGACAUCGCUCUGUACAUAGAUAAGUUCUCCAGGUUGUUCUUCCCAUUUGCGUUUUUCAUUCUUAACGUUUCCUACUGGACCACUUACGGCACAAUGUAAAUCGCUUGGAUCGUUGGCACCAAAGGGUUCCGGAAGUCCCAGAGAAAUAAACGUACAUUUGAGUGUACGAGAUAAAGAGAUGGUGGUGGCGCAUUCAACCUAAAACAAUGUGCAUGAUAACGGUGAAUUCUGGGCUUUGUUGGAGAGUUGGAGAACGCUGCAUCAGGGACAACGGGUCUAAACAAAGAAAAAGAUCCUCUUCUCUCUGAAAACAUUUGGGCAUGAAACGAGCAGAGUGGACAGGUCUCAUGAGUGAGUGUCAUACCAGUGGUUAGUUAUUGGCUGUAUAAUGAAAGGCAUGCGACAAUGUGCAUUUCUCAGUGCAUAGAAUGUGAUAUAGACACGCUGUAUUGAAAAUUGUGUAUGAACCUCUUCAAAUUAAUGAUGUUAUUGUUCAUGAGACUAUUCCACACUUCCUAAAGGAAGUUACAAUGAACAUGACUGCAAUGCAUUUUGUAGGUUUAAGAGAAAGUAAUCAAUGGGUUCUUAUACACCUGUUGUUACAGUUUUCGCAGCUGUUGUACUAUUGGUAUGUAUUUACACCCCGUUUUUAAAAAUUAGGAAAUUAGUUUGCACUGGUUUGCAUGUACUUAAAUAUUAGCACUAUGUUAUUGUUUGUUUGUGCAUUCAUCUCUUACUGUUGUGUUAAGGCUGGGUGUGACACGAACAGAUUCUCCAGCAACUUUUUGUAUUCAGGGAAAUAAUGAAGUGGCACAACUUCAGCUUGGUCACUUGUAUUAAGGUCUUGUUAAAAAGUUAAUGGGAAAGAUGCUCAAGGCCAAAUUUGUGGUAAAUCCAGGACAGGUCGGCCAGGCAAUAACGUCACACGGCUCAUUGCAGGCAGGCCCACCACUAGCUCGUCGGUACAACAGAGCAUUUGCAUCCUUGUCUCUGCAUUAAUUAUUUCGGUUUUGUAUUAAUUUUCCUUUAGUGGUAGUCUGCCAGUAACCUAAUUAUUUAUCAGUGUCAGUUAUUUUGUUACAAAAUACAGUCUCAUAUGUCUCAACUGAAAGUUAAUUUCUCUAUCGAUGUCGAGGGGAGGAACUCUAUACCUCUAUUGUUUUAAACAGUAUCUUGAGGAAAAGUGUAAUGAAAAUUACCAGGAAUACGUCAUUACCAGGAAUACGUCAGACAUUCAAUACACGAAAAGAAAUUUGUCUUCAAGUAACCUAUAUGUAUUUAGAGUAGUAACAAAUAUUUAAUUGUCCUUGGUUUACAAUCUGUAAAUCGUGGGCUAUGGAUCUUUACUCAGUCAACUCAGGUGAUUCAUCAUUAAUCCCUUGUCUGGUCGACCUCAGUCCAAUUCCAUGCCAAAAGCUGCCGGGUUACCUACCUACUCACUGCCAGGUCAGCUAUCGUUUUGUAUUUAUGUUAGCCUUUGAAACUGCCUUAUUUUACAAGAAUUAUCGCCAUUGCCCGUGUUAUCACAUCAAUACUUUUUACAUGGCAUUAGAAAAAAAAGAAAAAAAAGAAUGAAA